CACGUCUGCUCCGCCCAUGUCUAGGCGCCGCAGGUGAGCUUGUCGGGUUGCGAUGGCCGGUUGUUUGCGUGCCUUCUCCGAUGAGACGCUUUGACAGGCGAUCAAUGUCGGAGUGCGGACGAGCCGCUUUGACAGGCGAUCAAUGUUGGAGUGCGGACGAGCCGCUUUGACAGGCGAUCAAUGUGGGAGUGCGGACGAGCCGCUUUGACAGGCGAUCAAUGUUGGAGUGCGGAUGAGCCGCGCCUCUCGUCUUCUGUCGUUAGGACUGGUGUAUUUGCUGAGCAAGCCCGGGCUUGACUUUGGCAUCCAUCUGCGAUCUCCGCCGCUCCACCAUAUGCGAAGACGCAGCUUCGACGUUGCUGACGGACUACAGAAAGAGUGUCUCUCAGUCCGUCAGCUGCUGGUGACAGGUCUGCAAGUUUCUGGCCAAGCUGGUCUUUUGCUGCAUCAUGCUGGCUGUCUGCCUCCACGUGCGCACUUCCACCUCCAGAGCAUGUCUGCUUCGUACGGGAUACCCCCUCUCCUCGGCCGUCGCAACGCGCCUCUUUGCGAACAGUUGGUCGCGAUACCGCGCGACACUGAGGUCUUGCUGCUGUCGCUCGAGCGCGUCGAAUUUAGCUGAGAGCGCGGACAAGUCAUCCACUUGUGUUCCCACGCUCGGCGGCUUCGACGACAAGACAGCCGUCUACUGCUUCAAAAGGCGGAGCGUUCGAGAGUGAGACUCGCUACUUCCAUUGGAUUUCCAUGCUUGAUUCACAGGCAA